GACCCGAUUUACCGAGGGGGGUUGGCGAUCCCGAUCCUCCUGCGCUUACGCUAGAGUAACAAGAAGAAAAACCGAAAGGAAGACACAGCGGCUCGACGAAUCCGUGCCCCGGCCGUGGCCAGCAGCGCCUGCGGAGGCUCACGAGAGGUCCUGAGGCUGACCCGCCCAGGCAAAGGCGCAGCCCCGCGGGGGAAGGAAGGAGAGUUUCGGGCGGCGGGCGAGGGGAGGCGCCGACCCCAACCUCGGCUGCCGGGGCCGGUCCUCUUCCACCUGUGACACGUGGCGAGGGCGGGCCUGGGGAGCGAUUUAAGCCCGGCGCGAAGGGCGGCCUCCCUCCGCCCUUGCUCGCCUUCCUCGGCGCCGUCGCUGCCCGCCCAUGCCAGGAGUCUCGGGGCGGGCGGCCGUUCCGCGCGGAGCCAUGGCGCGCAGCCUCCUCGCUCUCUCGCUGCUGCUGCUGCUGCAGCUGCAGCUCCGGCCGUGCUCGGCCGACACCCCGGCCAACUGCACGUUCGCGGACCUGGAGGGCACCUGGGUCUUCCAGGUGGGCCGGGGGCGAGGCUACCCGUCCCGGUACAUUAACUGUUCGGAAGUGGGUCAGAGCAAGAAAAAUGGCCGCCAGGAGGGCCACUGCCAGACGGUACUGAGAAUCCUGCACCAGAUGGACCAAGGUUCUGACACUGUGUACUGUGCUGAAGCUGCUGUUCCCCCCAGCGGGCGCAAUGGGCUGCUGACGGACCCAAGGGUGGUCCAGCCUAGAAUUAACCAUUCUUCUCUAGCAGGAUUGCUGUGGUCCACAUGGCGAUGCCCGGAACUGAACCUUGGUUCUUUUUUCUUGGAAGUCUUGAUCUGCAUUCAUUUCUUGCAUGCUUGCCUUUCUUGCUCCCAGUAUAAACAAGAUGGCUCCAAUAUCACCAGUUACUGCCACGAAACUCUACCAGGAUGGGUGCAUGACGUGCUGGGUCACAACUGGGCCUGUUUCACAGGACAGAAGAUCUCCCCGCCGGGCUCUGGGGUGCGAGUACAGCAGCUGCCUCUUCGGCAGCCCUUUGGAAGCAGACCUCCGCAGAAGCUCUACGAAACCAACGACGACUUUGUGAGAGCCAUCAACUCUGUUCAGAAAUCGUGGAGGGCAAAAACCUACAAGGAAUAUGAAGGCCUUACCCUAGAAGAUCUCAUCCGGAGAGCUGGAGGGUUACAUUCCAGGAUUCCCAGUAGGCCAAAGCCUGCUCCUUUGACUGCUGAAGUAAUCAAAGAAGCUUCUUCUCUGCCAGAAUCCUGGGACUGGAGAAAGGUGAAUGGUGUUAAUUAUGUCAGCCCAGUACGAAAUCAAGCUUCCUGUGGCAGCUGCUAUGCAUUUGCUUCAAUGGGCAUGCUGGAAGCCCGGAUUCGUAUCCUCACCAAUAAUUCUCAGACUCCAAUACUGAGUCCACAGCAGGUUGUUUCCUGCAGCCAGUACGCUCAAGGUUGUGAUGGCGGAUUCCCUUACCUCAUUGCUGGAAAAUACACUCAGGAUUUUGGUGUGGUUGAGGAGUCAUGUUUCCCUUAUACAGGCACUGAUUCUCCUUGCACUUUAAAGCAUGGCUGUUAUCACUACUACUCCUCCGAGUACUACUAUGUUGGGGGAUUUUAUGGAGGGUGCAACGAAGCCCUGAUGAAACUCGAACUGAUCAAGCAUGGCCCCAUGGCGGUGGCUUUUGAAGUGUAUAGUGACUUCAUGCACUACAGAGGAGGCAUCUACCACCAUACCGGGCUGAUGGAUCCUUUCAACCCCUUUGAACUGACCAAUCAUGCUGUCUUACUCGUGGGUUACGGCAGUGAUCAGGUUACUGGUGAGCCAUUUUGGAUAGUGAAGAACAGCUGGGGAGAAUCCUGGGGAGAAGAGGGUUACUUCAGGAUCCGUAGAGGCACUGACGAAUGUGCGAUCGAAAGCAUUGCGGUGGCUUCCAUUCCAAUUCCACGAGUGUAGCCCUGGUGGAAUUUAGGCAACACCCUCUCAGGAAUCCACAGUGUUCUCAUACACACGUCCUGAAUUCUAGUAGGGAAUAUUACUGUCUUGCUUCUACAGCUUAAAAGAAUGAGCUUUAAUAAAAGCAUCCAGGGAAAAGUAAGCAUAUAUUUGUAUUGCUCAAAGGAUUUUAAAAUGAGGGUCUUGGUAGGUAGAAGACUGAGGCUUGGCACACCUGAGUUCAGUAGCUGCUCACCUGGGAAGUUUUCUGGGUGACCUUGGCCAGCCCAAAGGAUUCAGCUAAACUAUGGUCAAGAUAGUGUUGCUGUGGUUUUGUGUGACUGGCUGACAAGUUGGAAUUAGAAGCCAUGGCUUGUAAGGUAUCUGUAAUGUAAUGUAAUGAUGCCUGAACUGACAAGCAGCAGUGACGGGCUUAUCCGCUGGAGGCUGCUGUGCCAUCAAAGGGGAAUCCUGAACAGGGAGGAAAUACAGCAGCUUGAUCAUGUGCUUGGAAGUUCAUCACAUGGUAUGGGUUGCAAACCAUGGUUUCUGCCAACAACAGUUUAAUGUGCUUGAGCUGAGCCUAUCUUUUAGCCUAACCUAGCAGGUUUCUUAGGAUUAAAUGGAAUACUCUCAUGAAUGUCAUUUUGCGCUGCUUGGAGGAAGGAUAUGAUACCAAGUAAUUUUGAUGUUUACAAUCUUAACUGUAAAUUCUUCAGAAGUGACCUUUUUUAAAAACUGUGGAUGGUCAAUGCAUUGUUUGCCAUUAUGUCUUUCCUCACUGAACAGACUUUUUAUACUUAUGCCAAAAACAUUUCUUAAAUCUGUUACUUGAUUUGAUUUUUAAUGCAGUGCCUUAUAGGAAGUAUGAAGAAAUUUGAAUGUAGAAGAUACAUGUAAAUGCGUAACACAUGAUAAUAUUAUGCGGUGAUUUUUUUAAAGGGAAGCUCCAAUGUUUUUCUUUAGCAAAACAUUAUGUCAAGAUUCAUGUUUAGUGGCACGCUUAUUAUUCUGCACUUGUCUUGCUUCAUUUGGUUUUUAAUUUUGGACUUAAUUCUGAAAUAAAGAGGUCCUCAGCUGUUGCUGAGGAAGUUCUUCAGCCA